AUUAAAAAAUGUAUUCUUGAACCAAAAUACGUAUGCGCACGGUUGCGUAUUCGCAAAUUUUCGCUCACAAUGCAACGAGUGGGUACUAGGCACUCGCAGCUGUAAUAAGCAUUCGCAUAUAUCCGAUAAAAAAUACAUUUGUCAAAGAAAUGGAUUUAAUAAAUCAAGCUAUCGUAUUAGAGGCUGAAUUAGUGGUUGCAGAAGUUGCUGCGAAACGAAAUUCUCGUAGAAUUUUUCAUGAAAGUGAUCCCUUUGAACUAAGUGAUAAAAAGUUUAUGAAAAUGUUUAGGUUAUCAAAAAAUUUAGUUAACGAAUUCAUUGAUGACGUUCAACCUUUUAUGCAACAACAAUCAAGGAAAUCUUCCUUAAGUAUACAAAGAAGGAUAUUCUCUGCAUUACGUUUUUUUGCAAGCGGUAGUUACCAAAUGGAUAUAGGUAAUAAUGUGGAUAUUGCUGUUAGCCAAUCUUCAAUAUCAAGAAGUAUUCAUGAAGUAAUUAAUGCUGCUAAUCAACCUAACGUUAUAAAUAAGUGGAUACGAUUUCCUCGUACUAAAACAGAACUUUAUUAUCUGCGUAAUGGAUUUUACCGACACCACAGAUUUCCAGGUGUUUAUGGGUGUAUUGAUUGUACACAUAUUGCAAUAUUCCCUCCUAAAAUUAAUGAUGAGGUACAUCCAGAGCAUGGAUAUAUUAAUCGUAAAGGAUACCACUCAAUAAAUGUUCAGUUAAUAUGUGAUUACCGAUUAAGAAUCAUAAAUGUAAAUGCACGAUUUCCAGGAAGCUCACAUGAUGUAUAUAUUUGGAAUAAUUCAAAUGCUAGACAACUAGCCGAACAAAUAUAUGCAAGAUAUGGAAGAGAUACAUUCUGUUUGCUCGGUGAUUCAGGAUACCCUUUACGACCAUGGCUGUUAACGCCUAUUACUAACGCACAACCAAUGACCCCAGAGGGUCGAUAUAAUGAACGACAAAUGUCUUGCCGUUCGUUAAUUGAAAGGUGUAACGGCCUUUUAAAAAUGAGAUUCCGUUGUUGCUUAAAGCAUCGAGUGUUACAUUAUUCUCCAAUUAUAGCAUCUAAAAUAAUCAACACUUGUGUCAUUCUCCACAAUAUGUGCAUUGCACAUAAUAUUCCAGACCCAUUACCGGAAGAGGGAGACGAUGCAUUAGACUUUGGAAUGUAUAAUGACAAUAUUCCAGAAAAUGAUAAUAUUCCAGAAAUAAGAAAUGCACGUAGAGUUAAUCCGGAUUUAGCAGCUGGCCGAUUAAUACAAAAUAAAAUAGUUAGAAAUUAUUUUACUUGAACUAUAAUUGUAUUCUAAUACACUCGUCAACAUUUUAUAAUUAUC